GCGCCCCUCCUUCUCCUUCGGCACGCACGCGAUAUCGCUCAAGCUCUCCAUCUCCCCCGCACCCCACCUAUCCAGCGCAAUCAAACCGACUGUUCCACACAUUCACCGUAAAAGCCUCACACUUGACGCUUCAGUUACUCAGCUCCCUCAACCACUCACGCAACAAACCCCCCUCCUCUCCAUCCUAUCGUAUGGACUCUAUCCGUCAAACCUGUUCGGGUCGUCUCACUUUCGGUUGAGGAGAUGGCGGAUCCCUUUAAUCCUCACUACCACUCGCAGGGUCUAACGCACCACCACCCCCACCAUCCCCACACAUCUAAUCUCCAUCCCUCGAUUCAGUCCCCCGCACCUCCACCGCCUCCACCGCCUCCGCCGCCGACACCCGCACCGGCGCCGGCCGUGACGCAUAGCAGGGCUCCCAAAGCAGUCUUUGCAAGAUUGACUCAGCCGUUUAUCGGGACGAGUAGACCUCCGAGCUCUUCUGGGCCUGGGAGUGGGCUUCAUGGGAAUCUACCGACUAGCGCUCCUGAUUGCAAUAAUUUUCUUUUGUUGAGGGAAAACCGAUAUAACCUCAAUAGCCCUAUCUUUGCGCUCUCCGCAAACAUAGAAGGUGACCAGGUCGUUAUCGCAGGUCGUGGUAUCCUUAGGAUCUUGCGUGUAAGCUAUGACGAGAUAGCUGAAGCUUCCGUCUUGCGUGUUCCCGCGGAGCAGAAGAAGCACCCGCAGUACGACGUAAAAUGGGGUACGGUCCAUCAGAAGAACACCGUUGCAACAGCGGGGACGAACGGGACUAUCUGCGUCUACGAUACUAAGGAUGGGAUGCUGGACCGCCAAUUGAGAGAGCAUGGGAGACAGGUGCAUAAGGUGGCGUUCAAUCCCGCGGAUGGGAGGCUGCUGUUGAGCGCUAGUCAGGACGGGACUGUCAAGCUUUGGGAUUUGAGGGAGAAGAAGAGUCGGCUGACGUUUGUGGGGAGGGCGGAUGCGGUGAGGGAUGUGCAGUUUAAUGCUGGGAAUGCGGUAGAGUUUGCCGCGGCGUUUGACAAUGGGACAAUUCAGAGGUGGGACUAUCGAAAGGAUAAUACUUACGAGAGGAGUCUUAGCGCUCACAAUGGACCUGCGUUCACGGUGGAUUGGCACCCGGAUGGAAAGCACUGUGCUAGUGGUGGUAGGGAUAGAACUGUGAAGGUAUGGGAUUUUUACGCUGAUCCUAGGCAAAAAGCGAAACAUACGAUUUCUACCAUGACGUCUGUUAGUCGGAUUUCCUGGCGGCCGUUGAAACAAGUGACUACGGAGUUGGCCACCUGUGCGAUAGGUAAUGAUCACAGAGUUCACGUAUGGGACCUGAAGCGUCCUUAUAUCCCCACGAGGAUAAUGGAUGAGCACGAGAAUGCCGUUACGGGUAUUCUCUGGAAGGAUGAGGACACCCUGUGGUCUUGCUCCAAAGACAAUAUGUUUGUACAAAAUGAUGUCAGCUUUGCGAGCCGACCUAUCAAUUCCCUUACCCACGGGGCAUUCUCUUGGAGCCCUACGGGGAGCUUUACAUUCACGGUUGAGCAGCGCAAAUCGCGGAGGAGCACAUCCCGGGGCUUCGACUCGGAGGACGAUCUAGCAGGUCAUGACCGGCGAAGGCAUGGGAGAAGCAGUUCCUUCAGAAGCUCAAAGCCAACACUGGGAGGUCUAGAAACCCUCGACAAGAUAUUUGUGCCGUCGCAGGCAUCCGCGAGCGUGCACAUACCCGGCCUCUUCGACGAGGUGGCCUUCUCAUAUUUAGCACAGAAUUACAUUUUUGACCUGGAAGGUGUAAUGGGCGGAUCAAAGAUCUCGCUCGGAGAGGCCUGCGAGGCGAACGCUCGGACAGCCUGGAUGAUGCAGAAGUACAGGACCGCGCAGACGUGGAAGGUGCUUCAACUCGCACUCGUGCGCGAGGAGAAGGCAAUUGAGCGCAGACAUGAGGCGAAGGCUACUGGCUUGUCCCCGGCAACGGGGGUAGCGAGUAGUUUAAUGAUGAGGAAGCAAGCACUAGCUGCUGCUGAGCAGAGUAAUUCCGGUGGAGCGACGCCGCUCGCGGGACCUACGCAUAUUGGCAUCGCAACACCCACACCGGGAAGACCUGACGGUUCUGUGGAUGAGGCGCUGCUACUGCUGCCCCCGGCUUUUGGAACAAGUCUUGGUUCUAGCACCACCUCCACGGACGGGGAAGAAUAUACUGGGGGGCAUGUAAAUGACGAUGAGACGGAGGGCGCAAAACACCAACCCCCAUUAGAUGUCACGACGGACGCCAUGGUGGGGGGGGAAAAGCCCAUUUUGACAGACUCACAAAACGGGGUAGUCAAUACCACAACUGCUAAUAUCAAUAAUUAUAAUACGACCUCCGCUACUACUGCUACCACAAUAGGCUCGCUGGCCCUCUUCUCGGAGAGCACCGGCCACUCCCCUGCAACGCCCAUCCCACCCGUACCCCCGAUUCCGAUGUACCAGUCAGCGGGUUCCCCAGCAGUGCACAUGCUGCACAGCGAGCAGUACUCCUCCUCCGCCUCCGGCAACAUGGAGAAGCGGCGGGAGAGAUUCUACUCGCUGGCUAGCGAAACCACAACCACCUCCUCAUCCUCGUACGGCGACUUCCGCAACCGUGUUAGCGAGGACGAUGACGAGAGCACAUCCCCAAAAACCGGGACCUGGAUGGAAGCGAUUGUGGAAGAGCCCCCUUUACCACCACCACCGCCGCCACCCCAACAGCCGCCUGCUUCUGCUCCGCCAUCACUACACCUCCCCUCCGCAAAAAACAAAGCCAGCCAAGCCACGCAGGGGAAAGAAGAGGACCAAACAUUCACUCUCCACCCCCUCCCCCUCUUGGAGACCCUCCUGGAAUACUACGCUUCGACAACAGACGUGCAAAUGCACACAACGAUAUUCCUCCUCUUAUCUUCCUCUCAAACAUUCUCGCCUUCCCCGCUACUAAAAGCUCUCUUCAACACCCCAACCUCAACCCCCCCUACUACCUCCUCCCCCACCACCGCCGCCAUCACCGCCACCCCUCCCCUCUCCCUUCUAGAAUCAAUAUCCUCAUAUCUGGACCUCCUCCGCCGCCUCAAUCUUCACUCCGUUGCCGCUAGCGUGAUCAAGUGUGCCCAAGCCCUCCCCGAAUUCACUGCUCUCGGCCAGACAAAUACCCAUCUAGACUUUGCCUGCGGCAGAUGCGCUCGCCCCAUUGCCAUCGCUACCGCCACUGCCACUAAUACUGCUACUUCUAUGAAGGUUGGUGCUGGGGGUGGGGGGCUAGGGUGUGGAAAGUGCGGGGCCGUUGAUGGAUGCGUGAUUUGUUGGGGCAAGGUUGGGAGGUGGAGUAUGUGCCAAGGCUGUGGACAUGGUGGGCAUGAUGGGUGUUUGAGGGAGUGGUUUCUCGGCGGUGGUACUAGAGGGGAAUGCGCUGCUGUUGGAUGUGGGCAUUAUUGUUUGCCGGAGUAGUAGGGUUGUUGGUGGUGGUGGAAGAGGGAGGAGGAAAUAGGGGGGGAAACGUAUAUACUAGCCAAUAUAUUCGUGAGACAUUAUCGAUUA